CCAGCCCCGCUGCACUGCUGCCGUCCCCUUCCUGUUACGGCUCCCUGCUGGGAGCCCGGCCCUGCGCUGACCCAGACCAGGCCAGGUGCUCCCAGCCUGCGCCAGUGACAGGCAGUGACACGAGGGGAUGUGCACUUACAAGCCCAGGUGCUGUGAAUGGCUGAGAUGCUGUGGCAGAGGGGAGCCCCGGCCCCGCACAGUCUGGUUGGGGCAUCCCGAGAAGAGGGAUCAGAGGUACCCUCGAAAUGUCAUCAACAAUCAGAAGUACAACUUCUUCACCUUUCUUCCUGGGGUGCUGUUUAACCAGUUCAAGUACUUCUUCAACCUCUAUUUCCUGCUGCUCGCCUGCUCCCAGUUUGUCCCUGAGAUGAGACUUGGCGCCCUGUACACCUACUGGGUGCCCCUGGGCUUCGUGCUGGCCGUCACCAUCAUCCGAGAGGCAGUAGAGGAGAUCCGAUGCUAUCUGCGGGACAAGGAAGUGAACUCCCAGGUCUACAGCCGGCUCACAGCAAGAGGAACCGUAAAGGUGAAGAGCUCCAGCAUCCAAGUUGGCGAUCUCAUCAUCGUUGAGAAGAAUCAGCGGGUCCCUGCUGACAUGAUCUUCCUGAGGACAUCAGAAAAAAACGGGUCCUGCUUCCUGCGGACGGAUCAGCUGGACGGGGAGACAGACUGGAAGCUGCGACUGCCCGUGGCCUGCACGCAGAGGCUCCCCACUGCCGCCGAUCUUCUUCAGAUUCGAUCGUAUGUCUAUGCAGAAGAGCCAAAUAUUGACAUUCACAACUUCGUGGGGACUUUUACCAGAGAGGACAGUGACCCUCCGAUCAGCGAGAGCUUGAGCAUCGAGAACGCGCUGUGGGCCGGCACUGUCAUCGCUUCAGGUACCGUUGUGGGUGUUGUUCUGUACACCGGCAGAGAACUCCGGAGCGUCAUGAACACCUCGAAUCCUCGAAGCAAGAUUGGCCUGUUUGACCUGGAAGUGAACUGCCUCACAAAGAUCCUCUUUGGCGCUCUGGUGGUGGUGUCGCUGGUCAUGGUUGCCCUUCAGCACUUUGCCGGUCGUUGGUACCUGCAGAUCAUCCGCUUCCUCCUCUUGUUUUCCAACAUCAUUCCUAUCAGUUUGCGGGUGAACCUGGACAUGGGCAAGAUUGUGUACAGCUGGGUGAUCCGCAGGGAUGCCAAGGUCCCCGGCACCGUGGUUCGUUCCAGCACGAUUCCCGAGCAGCUGGGGAGGAUCUCUUACUUACUCACAGACAAGACAGGAACUCUUACCCAGAAUGAGAUGGUUUUCAAACGGCUCCAUCUAGGCACGGUGGCCUAUGGUCUUGACUCAAUGGAUGAAGUUCAAAGCCACAUAUUUAGUAUUUACACCCAGCAAUCCCAGGACCCCCCUGCUCAGAAGGGCCCCACGCUCACCACCAAAGUCCGGCGGACCAUGAGCAGCCGCGUGCACGAAGCCGUGAAGGCCAUCGCGCUCUGCCACAACGUGACUCCCGUUUACGAGUCCAACGGCGUGACCGACCAGGCCGAGGCCGAGAAGCAGUAUGAAGACUCCUGCCGCGUGUAUCAGGCGUCCAGCCCAGACGAGGUGGCCCUGGUACAGUGGACCGAAAGUGUGGGCCUAACCCUGGUGGGCCGAGAUCAGUCUUCCAUGCAGCUGAGGACCCCUGGCGACCAGAUCCUGAACUUCACCAUCUUGCAGCUUUUCCCUUUCACCUACGAAAGCAAGCGCAUGGGCAUCAUCGUGAGGGAUGAAUCAACUGGAGAAAUUACGUUCUACAUGAAGGGGGCAGACGUCGUCAUGGCUGGCAUCGUGCAGUACAACGACUGGCUGGAGGAAGAGUGUGGAAACAUGGCCCGCGAAGGGCUGCGGGUGCUCGUGGUGGCGAAGAAGUCUCUCGCCGAGGAGCAGUAUCAAGACUUUGAAGCCCGCUAUGUCCAGGCCAAGCUGAGUGUGCACGACCGCUCCCUCAAAGUGGCCACUGUGAUUGAGAGCCUGGAGAUGGAGAUGGAGCUGCUGUGCCUGACGGGGGUGGAAGACCAGCUGCAGGCGGAUGUGAGGCCCACCCUGGAGACCCUGAGGAACGCGGGCAUCAAGGUUUGGAUGCUGACGGGGGACAAGCUGGAGACAGCUACAUGCACAGCGAAGAAUGCACAUCUGGUGACCAGAAACCAAGACAUCCACGUGUUCCGGCUGGUGACCAACCGUGGCGAGGCCCACCUCGAGCUGAACGCCUUCCGCAGGAAGCACGACUGCGCCCUGGUCAUCUCUGGAGACUCCCUGGAGGUCUGCCUCAAGUACUACGAGUACGAGUUCAUGGAGCUGGCCUGCCAGUGCCCGGCCGUGGUCUGCUGCCGCUGCGCGCCCACCCAGAAGGCCCAGAUCGUGCGGCUGCUGCAGGAGCGCACGGGCAAGCUCACCUGCGCGGUAGGUGAUGGAGGCAACGACGUCAGCAUGAUUCAGGAGUCGGACUGCGGAGUGGGCGUGGAGGGAAAGGAGGGAAAACAGGCUUCUCUGGCGGCAGACUUCUCCAUCACUCAAUUCAAGCACCUUGGCCGCCUGCUCAUGGUGCACGGCCGAAACAGCUACAAGCGCUCGGCCGCCCUCAGCCAGUUCGUGAUCCACAGGAGCCUCUGCAUCAGCACCAUGCAGGCUGUCUUUUCCUCUGUGUUUUACUUCGCCUCCGUUCCUCUCUAUCAAGGAUUCCUCAUCAUUGGGUACUCCACCAUCUACACCAUGUUUCCCGUAUUUUCUCUGGUCCUGGACAAAGACGUGAAGUCGGAAGUGGCCAUGCUGUACCCCGAGCUCUACAAGGAUCUCCUCAAGGGACGGCCGUUGUCCUACAAGACAUUCUUAAUAUGGGUUUUGAUUAGCAUCUAUCAAGGGAGCACCAUCAUGUACGGGGCGCUGCUGCUGUUUGAGUCGGAAUUCGUGCACAUCGUGGCGAUUUCCUUCACAUCGCUCAUCCUCACCGAGCUGCUGAUGGUGGCCCUGACCAUCCAGACCUGGCACUGGCUCAUGACCGUGGCCGAGCUGCUCAGCCUGGCCUGCUACAUUGCCUCCCUGGUGUUCCUGCACGAAUUCAUCGAUGUGUACUUCAUUGCCACGUUGUCCUUCUUGUGGAAAGUCUCUGUUAUCACGCUGGUCAGCUGCCUCCCACUCUACGUCCUCAAGUACCUGCGAAGACGGUUCUCCCCUCCCAGCUACUCCAAGCUCACGUCGUAGGCGGUACGCUCGCUGGAGGGGACCCCGGUCUCUGUGCUUUCCUGAUGGACAAGUUCAAGUUCGACUUGUAUUAACCGCCCCCUGUGGAUUUUGCAGUAAUUGCUAACAUGUGCAGUUUUGACCCAAAGGGGCUCUGCGCGUCCGUGGAGUCCUGACACCGAAUAAACCGGAGGGAGGUUGCUCAAGGCUGCCUCUCGGGCCUGUGUGAACCCUUGGUGAUUCCCGUCGGAGUGAAUGUGACUGUGUUGAGACUGACGGCUUGGCCUAGAGGGUUCCGUAUGGGUCACCGUGCAAACUUCCUAUGACUUGAAUUUCAUUGUCCUGUGAUGAUAAUUUCUGUCUAGGUGAAGAUUGUAGAAGGGUUAUGUUUUUAUUUUUUUUGAACAAUCUGAAUGUGUGUGUGUACUCUUUACAUCUUUCUUGCUCUUAAAAACUGGUUUCAGAGAAAUGUAAAGCUCUUGGUGUAGGUUUGGGGGAAAAGACAGUGACAUUUGGUAAAAAGUUACGUGAACAGCAGCCUCAAUGUGGAAAUGCUAGAUAUCCUCUCUCAGGCAGCCCUGCUCAUCGAAGCUGCCCCGGGCUCCGAGGAUUACAGAAAGCAGAUGGGGGCGGGGGAGCGGGCCGUAAAUCCGUGUGUUACCCUGUGUCUGGUUGAGCAUCUGCAGCGCUGGAGUUCACGUCACCUGCCGCCUUGUAACAGAAUUUCAAAGGUGUGCUCGGACCUGAUGAUGAUUAGAAAGCCUGUGGCUCUCUGAUGACACCCUCGGAAAUUUCCAGCAGAGUUGUUCCGGCAGGAAACGUGCCGCUGAGCGGCCCCCGAAUGCAUCACCAGUGAGAUGAGAGACUCCACUAAUUCUUUAGACGACGUGGCACAUGUGGCUCUCACGCUCCGAGUCCGAAGUGGAAAAGUCAGCAAUGGCGCUCUUUACUUCCGCAGAAAUCUGUUCUCUGUUAGGAGGAAUUAUUGAGGACGAAAUGACAAAGGCAGAGGCAUCUUAGCGCAUUGCCGCUCAUUGGUGGCAGCUUUGAGCAAGGAGCCGGGUGGGAGGAGGCCCGGGCGUCAGCUUUGGGGUCUGGGCUCCCUCCUGCCUGCGGAUUUCAAGGAGAACUUGCUGAAAGGCAGCCGGUCGUGGAGAUGCCUCCCCCACCAGGAGGGAGUGCAUGCGUGUGUGUUUCUUCUAAAGCCGUGGCCUCUCGUUUCAGAGGAAGAAGGGAGUUUGCAAGCACUGGACGUGGCAGGGCAAGGCAUUCUUGGGUUUUCCAGUCACUUCAUGCAGCGGCCACAUAUGCGUGCCAGAAGGCUCCCGUGGGUAGAUCUUCAAGAGCUGACUGUGUCUGUAUCUUAGAUUUGCGAUUAAUCCUUUAUGAGUACAAACCCUUCAGCCUGAUUCUUCGUGUGCUUCAGAGAUGUACGUUCCAGCCUGGUUGCCGCCCGCUGCUCCGAGAGAGUCGGGGACACGAGGAGCAGACGGUCCCUUGCCUUGGGAGCACUCUUGAUAUGCUCAGAGAUUUAUGUUGCCCUUUUAAAACUUUACAGAAUGACAGUAAUUUGCAGGCUCUGGUAAACUGGCUAUUGACAUCACUUCUGUUUUGUUUUAAGAUUCUGCAAUUUUGCAGGAAUUCCCCGUUUCUUCCAGCCAUUUCUGCCAUACAGAAAACGUCGACAGAAAACCAAUGUUUGUUGAACGACUGGUUCUUUAGGACUCUGGGGUCUUUGUGCGAGACUUUUGUAAAGGGAAGCGCUCUCACCUCUUCACCCUGAGGACUGAUGUCGUUUCAAACGGGGAGGGGGAGAAAGUUGUGCUCGGUGCUUUUGCGCCCCAGUCUGUCUUCCUGGAAGUCAGCCUGUAAAAGUGGAAGACCAAAGGUGAUUCCACUCUGAGGUGGCAAACCCUGAGCCCGGCCUUGUUCACAGCCAGGAGACGGCUCCUGCACGGAGGUCUGGUGGAAUCCUUGUUGGGAAAUUGUACGUUUCCAGGAGAUACAGGGGAUGAAUCUGGUCUCUUUGGUCCUCCCCUUAAUUCCCAGGUGAUGGAGGCGUGUGAGUUGCCUUUUAAAGUCAACACCUAAGAUGCUGCUUGAGCUCUCGCAGGGAGAAAGGUUCUCAGAGGGGCGGAAGAAGCCAUGCCUGCCAGUCGAAGGGGCUCGUCAGUGCCGUCAGCAAACCUUGUCCCGUUGUCUCCAUCACACUUUGGCGGAGGCCUUCAAGGGCAAGAGGACCAAAAGGCACGUGGAGACCACCACGUAGAAGCCCCCGUCAGUGGACAGCCUGCUCACACCGCCCGCUGGGGUCCUCGAGGGUCUAGAAAUGAACACGCCUGCUUCUGAAACUCUGGACGGCCCGAGAGCAGGAGCAUCCAGUGGGUUGAGAGCCCACCAUCCUGACUGUGCUCAGAUUGUGAUCUCGGCAGAGACCCAGGGCCACGCGGGCGCUUCCCGGGAUGUCUGAGUUGUGAGGAGAGGGCAAAGAAAUGAAUUACAGACCCGAGCUAUUUUCCAGGAAAGCCCUGAGUUCAUGAACCUUCCACGCAAGGAUUCCGUUGACCUUGUUCUGGGUUCACCGAUCUGGAAAGAACUUAGCUCUGUCGACACCUUCCCCUGGCCUUGAAACUCCGUGGGACCAGGGUCCCCAACAGCCCAUUUAAUUUGAAGUCAGAGGCCCCAUGGUACACAGCACUGUUUAAACCCUUUUCCUUAAAGAUUACGACUCCUCCUGUCCUCCGACAACACUAGGUAUUUCUGUCAGAGUCAGCACUUUUAUUCUUUUAUGGUUAUUUUUAUGCUGUCUUUUGAUGAUGGUUGUGUGUGCGUGGGGAGAGUGGGAUCUGUCUGGUUUCUCUUUUUUCGCUUCCUUCCUUCCUUCCUUUCUGUAAGAAAAUGACCGGACAAGCUUCUCCGUCUUCAUUAAUCUCUUAUAUCCGACAGCUUUGAUUCGAAUUUUGCGAGCAUGCACGUGCACGUGGGUGUCGCCUAUGGUGCUAGGUGGGGCUGGCUGAGCCGACAGGGCUGCCUGGGGCAGGGGACCGUGCCGCAGGGCUGCGAGGGGGGCGUCCCAGGGAGCAUCCUGACAUUGGCGUGGACCACCUGUUUACAGCCCCCUGGGGCCAGGAGGCCGAGAGCUGGGACUCCUCCCACUUUGAGCAUUAUUAUAUCCAGAUCCUGACUCGCUUCCCAUUUUGUAGCAGUGUAUUAAAUGCCGCCGUCUGCUUGCCCUUUCCCCAGUAUGUUUUCUGCUGAAAAUUUAGCUUAUACUGACAACACUUUUGAAUGUAUUUUGGGUUUUGUGCUCAUUGAAAAUUGACACGAUCCUGCCUGUUUUUCUUCCUCUAGACUUUUGUUUUUAUCCUUUGUUUUGUUUUUACGGGGGUGGGGACGGGACCGCCUUCACGCCUUUAUGGGGCAGCAUUUUAAAUCUUUGCCAAAAUUGCAGGUGGGACCUGUGUGUUCCUCAGCUCCAUCCUAUUUAAGGCAAACACCUGUCAGCCAUUUUUAUCUUUGACCUUUUUUGUGUUUGAAAUGUGUGUGUGUGAGGGUAUGAUGUCAUCUCAAGUUUUUUGAAGAGAUAUUUGGUUUUCAUUGCAUUAAAAUCCUAUCACUCCUGGCUUUGUUUUCUUUAAAAAAUAUACCAGGAGCUUUGUAAAUACGACAGAUUUUAUUUCUUCCCCCCCUUUUAAUGUAAAGCUUUUUGUCAUUUAUAUGCACUUCUUAGGAAAUAUUUCCAUUAAUUAUGUCCAGUUCAUCCUGGAAAAAAUAUGUAUUAUGUUUCUGAAGGGAAUUGAAAAGCAUACCACUGUGUGAGCGAUGCUGACACCUUGAGUCCCGUAGCAUCUUCGCAUGCGGAAGCCGCGUCGCCUACCUGUGGGUCUGUCUCCCCAUCCCAGCGUGGUUGGAGGCACCGGCUGUUAAUGUCGCUGGGCGAUGUCAGUGAAUACUGUGUUUGUGGGGGGCAUGUUGGGGGCGUGGUAUUUGCAAAAAAAUCGUGGCUAAUUUGUUACUUUGUUGCACUGGGGCUGACUGUAAACCCAUCCAGGCUUCCAUGACUUCCUCGUUAGUGGAUCUCUUUCUAUGUCAUCCUCGCUGCAAAUGUUCCCCAGGCCAGCGCGUUUUGAUUAGAGGAAAGCUGUGGUGCAGUAUGCUUUAAUUUAGCAGGAAUUCCCAGAUGAUUUAAAUUCUCGAUCCUGUGAUGACACACAUGUGAUCCCGCGUGUUUCUGAGUGGUUCUCCUUUCAUUGUCUGCCAGCCUGCGCCGUCGCUGUUGCCCAAUAAAGCUUGUGUGCUUUA